GAUGUGACAGCAUAGUUGUGUGUGUGUGUGUGCUGCGUGUGUGGGUGGUGUUGGUGUUUGUGCUGUCAGCUUGAGCGGUAAGCAACAACAUUUUCUGCACUUGCUACAAGUUGGACAACAAUUUCCGCAUGCAAGCGCCAUUGACACACUAACAAAUGGCAAAGUUUCAAAAAGCCGACAAACGCGGCCGACGCAGUGCAGCGCCGAACGGGCCGAGACGAAUGCGAAGCCGAAGCAACAGUAGCAGCAGCAGCAACAGCGCCGGCAGGACUAUAAGACAGGAGUUUAGUCCACGCACAAGCUGAGUCGCGUCGGCAACGUUGAGGCAGACGCAACGAGCGCUUCGCAUUAUUCGCAAAUAUUACGCAUACGCCACAAGUGCCGCAGAAACGGAUAAAAACCGCAGCCGCUUGGCUUGUUAGGCGAGAUUCCAUUGGCAAUUUUUACGGUACGCAGUGAAACGCAGUCGAGCGCAUAAUUCGGCCAGGAUAACGCUGAUAAUACGGCUGUCCAUAAAAGUGCGUGCCAGCAUUAUAAUAUUUCGGCCGCAAUCGCAACAACAACAACAACAACAACAACAAGGCGAACGGGCUAACCGAGCUAACCAUGAGGCGUUCACGUACAACGCUGUUGCCCUGGGCACGGGCGCCAUGCACGGCAAUGAGGCAAUGAGACGACGACCAGGUCCACCCCCAAACCAAACACCAACACCAACCACAGCCACAGCUACAACCGCAGCCCGGCAACGCAACCAAACACUGAGGGCAGAUGCAAUCUGAAGAGUUCGCUACUUGGCUGAGUGCCGCCUCCGACAACUCUCCGACUGCACAGAGGCCGAACAGCCGCUAGACGCAGCCAAGGAGCCCAGCUAGCUUAGUAGCUCAGUAGCUCAACGGUCGACGGAUACAGGAGGACGCGGGGGCAGUGACUGCUACUGCUAAAAACCACAGAGAGCGAGUGCUCGGGGUGCCCGCCAUGUUGCGAGAUAUCUUUCUAUAUUUAGUUCUAAUCGUUUUAUUUUGCUUUAUAUUCAUGGCGCAGUUAAUCGUCAACGUUUACGCAUUCCAGCGCCAGCCAACGCCCGCCCAGAGGGCCGAACGCAAUGAGAUUAUAUUUGUCUAGGCUUUCUUCCUUUGGGCCAAAAGUCAUGGCAUUGCCAGUUGCCAGCAUUUAAUGAGCGCAACUCUAACGAAAAAAAAAAUAGAAAAAGAAAAACAAGCAAAAA